CUAAUAUAAACAUCACUUCACCUCACCUUCUUCACAUUCCACUCUUCUUUUACCUCUUUCAUUUCAUUUCCACAGAAUCUUCUAUCUCAUUUCUCAGUUUCAGCAUCCAUGUCGGAGAAACAAGCAGGCUUGAAUGGCUCCUACUAUGGCCCAUCCAUCCCGCCCAAGAGAGACUCCUACGAAAGCAUCGGCCGCGGCGGAGGCCCUCUUGGCUGCUGCUGCAGCUGCAUCUUUGGCCUCGUCUUCAAGCUCAUCUUCACCGCCAUCGUCUUCAUGGGCCUAGCCUUCUUCGUCUUCUGGCUCAUAGUUAAACCUAACCGUGUCAAGUUUUACGUCACAGACGCCACCCUCACCCAGUUCAACUUCUCCUCCGACAGCAACCUCCACUACAACCUCGCCCUCAACCUCACCAUCCGAAACCCUAACAAGAAGCUCGGCAUCUACUACGAUCGCAUCGAAGCCAGAGCCAACUACGAGGGCCAGAGGUUCAGCAUGAUCACUCUCACACCGUUUUACCAAGGACACAAAACCACCAACGUCUUGAACCCCUUGUUUACUGGACAGCAGUUGCUUGGUGGGUCCAAUUUGCAGUCGGAGUAUCAGAAGCAGACCACUGCUGGGGUUUACGAGAUUGAGAUGAAGCUUUAUCUGAGGAUUAGGUUCAAGUUCGGUCGGAUCAAGACCGGAAAGUUCAAGCCCCGAGUUGAAUGUGACUUGAAGGUUCCUUUGAGUACGAAUGGGAAAUCCUCAAUUGCUUUCGAGACCAAGCGUUGCAAAAUUGACUACUUUAAGGCCAUAUAGUAGCUGGUCAUCUAUUGCGGCCGAGGCCGAUAUCCGAUCCACUCUUGUUGAUACAUUCUCGUCUUAUCGUCUCACUUUUGCUUUUGCUUGUGAUUUGUGAUACAUUCCGAUCCACUAUUCUUUUGUUUUGUUUUUUUUUUUGGCGUAUUAUAUUACUGUUACAUAUCAUAUAUACACAGAUUAUGAGUAUAUGAUGACGAUUUAGUGAUCUGAUUUUGGAUUAUAAAUAAAUGACGACUUUAGUUGUUAGU